CUCUCUCUCCUUUGGCAUCCAGAGUCCACCCUGGAUCUAGUUUCCAUUUCCCAGCCUCCCUGCUGGCUCGCCCCACAACAACCACAGCGCUGAGAUACCUUCUGCCCUCGUCCUCAGGGCAAGCACUGCAGACGCCAUGUUUGCUUCGCAUUCGCUUCCGGGCUGGGAAAUCUGCUUCCGCUACCGGAAACUCUACUUCCGGAUCCUGCGUACAAUUCAAAGAGUGGCGGGAGCAGUAGCAGGCAAUUAACUUAAUAGCAUGUGUUGAUGGCGCUAACAAAGCCAUCCCUCUCGCUGCUUUCCUCGGAGAGUGAUUCUGAGGAAUUGCCCACAUUUGCCUUUCUGAAGAAGGAGCCAUCUUCAGCUGGCAGGAAUCAGCCUCAAAGGGAAAAGAAUGUAGUGGUUGUCACCUCAGAUUCUGAGGCCUCCUGUCCUCCCUCACCAGGCUUGGAGGAUCCACCGUUUGUCCUAGAUGCAGCUAAAGCUCCCACACAGGCAGGGCCCAUCAGAGUGCUAAGCAGCGGAAGUGAGGAUGAAGAUGUGCUUAUCCCCCUGGCUGAGAGGAUCUCGUGUAAGUUUUUGACCCACAAGCAGCUGAACCCUGAGCGCUCUAGCUCCUCACUUAGAACUGUUUCGGAUCAUCAAUGUGGUACAAGUGGACAGGGUGACUGGAAAAAGCAGCCAUUCCCAAAGAUCCCUGAUGGUCCUCUCCACAAUGCCUUAGAGAAGAGCCCAGCAAAUGACGGGGACUCUGUCUUAGACAGCCUGGGCCAUCAACUUCCAGCGUACCAGUCGGCCUGCAGUGUGUUGGCAGUAACCAAUCCAGUUCCUGACAUCCCUCUACCUCAGAAGAGAACCAAGCACAGUCAGAAGGUCCAGAGAAGCGGCGCUCAGGGGUGCUGGCAGCCACGACAAGCAAGCAGGAAGGAAAACACCCCAACACAGCUUGAAAAGAAAAAGAAGACAGCAGUGGUCGAUUGGCUGAAAGCCCAGAGGCCAGAGGAAUGCAUGAAGCACAUUGUGGUGGUGCUGGAUCCAGUGCUUUUACAGAUGGAAGGUGGAGGGCAGCUCCUGGGAGCACUGCAGUCUAUGGAGUGCAGCUGUGUGAUUGAAGCCCAGGCCGUGCCUCGAAGUAUCACUUGGAGGAGGAGGAGGACAGAGCUGGAAGAGGAUAGAGGAGACUGGGUGGAAGAGCCGACCAUCCUGGUGUUGCUCCUGGCAGAGGCAUUCAUGUCCAUGGUCUACAAUGUAAAGCAGGGAAGUACCAGCAUUACUGAGAAAGGGAAGGAGACACUUCAGGGCUUUGUAACUGAUGUCACAGCAAAGACAGGGAAAGCAUUGUCAUUGGUGAUUGUGGACCAGGAGAAAUGCUUCAGGGCUCAGAAUCCUCCAAGGAAAAGGAAAUCAGGAAUGGCAAAUAAACAGGCCAAAGAGAAGCAGCAGAAGAGACAAGAGUCCAGCACAAGGCUCAUGAUGUCCAGGUUAGACAUGGAAGAGGCAUUGGUGGAUCUGCAGCUACAUACAGAAGCCCAAGCGCAGAUGGUGCAGAGCUGGAAAGAGCUGGCAGACUUUACCUGUGCAUUUACAAAGGCUGUGGCUGAAGCUCCCUUCAAGAAGCUCCGGGAUCAAACCAACUUCUCCUUUUGCCUGGAAAAAGACUGGGCUGGAGGGAUGAAAGUGGACCCAGCUGGUAGGGGACUUGCAGCGAUCUGGAGGAGGCAGAUUCAGCAGCUGAACCGAGUCAGUCUGGAAAUGGCCAGCGCUAUUGUGGAUGCCUAUCCCUCCCCACGGCUCCUGGUGCAGGCUUAUCAGCGGUGUUUUUCUGAGCAAGAACGCCAGAAUUUGCUGGCUGACAUACAGGUACGCCGUGGAGAAGGUGUGACAUCUACCUCCCGCCGUGUUGGGCCAGAACUAUCCAGGCGGAUCUACCUUCAUAUGACUACACUACAACCAGAUCUCAUCCUAGACAGUGUUGACUGACUCCGCAGCACAGGGUGAAUUUCCCCAUCCUUGACUUGACAGCAGAGAGGGCCAAAGUACCUCCUAGGUACAGUUAGGGGUGGAGUCUCCUUGUGGGAGCAGAGACGGUGAUACACUGCAAUCUACCUCCACCAGCACUUACUGCAAACCAGAUGCCAUGGACAACCAACCAUCCCACGUUGCCCCGGACGACUCUCACAACACAAAGGAUAAAGGCAGACCACUCAGACAUGGAUUUAAUAAUUGUAGAAAUCCAAAGAGUAAGCAUCAAAUCUCGAAGUCAGAGUGAACUCUUGCCUGUGGGUUGGCUUGACUAGGCUCAGCCACGGAGCUGCCUCAACCAGCCAGGGAACUAUGACCAGGCUGACUCCUGUUUUCAUGAUGUCAUGUAUGUAGUAUAUACUUUUUCUCAAUAAAGCAUUUGUACCAAUGGCUCUGGAGCUUGAAGGAAGACUAAAGGAAUGUGUAGUGAUUCUGAGUAAGGUGUGGACCUACACGGCAGAGCUGUCUGGAGGAGGAGAAGACAGAGGCCUUUCUUCCAGUGUCAGACCUGUCCAGAUGGGCCACUAGGGCUACACUCUGAACUGUGACAGGUACUUGGUCCCUUAGGGGAGAGUCGAGAAACUUGCAAUCGGGAGUUUUUAGCAAAUAAGCACCAAGACAUGGUUGUUUCUGAUCCCUUCAUCCAGCUGCUGUGAAGAGACAAGAAGAA